AUGCUUGUUCAGUCACUCGUCAUAGCCAGUGCCUUGAUGGCCUCCGGGUCCAUCGCCUGGAACAAAGAUGUCCACCAACAAAUCGGCUACAGUGCAGAACAACUUCUAACUCCCACCACAAAAUCCAUCCUCUAUCAAAUCCUCGAACCCAAAUACAACAACAGCAUCGGUCUCGCAGCAGCAUGGGCAGACGACUACGCUCACACCACCGAAGGCGCUUUCAGCUACCAAUGGCAUUGGAUAGAUUCUGCCGACAAGCCACCCCAUUACUGUAACGUUUAUUAUCACCGUGAUUGCUCUGAGGGCGGUUGUGUGGUUUCUGCCAUUGCAAACCAGACACAGAUACUCAGGGAUUGUGUACAGAAAGUGAAGAGUGGUGUUUUGGUUGGUGGUGAGGAUUUGCAGUGUUCAUAUGCAUUGAAGUGGGUUGUGCAUUUCUUGGGUGAUAUUGCUCAGCCAUUACAUGCGUCCGGUGUUGCCGCUGGUGGUAAUGGUAUUGAAGUUGUCUUCGCCAAUCAGACCACCGACUUACAUGCUGUCUGGGAUGCCUGGAUCGUCUACGCCGAUGCAAACGUCACUGCCUUCCCCAACACAACCAUCCAGCCUUUCUUCCAGCAUCUCAUCUCCCGCAUCCAAGAAGACGAUUUCUCAAUCCCUUCUUCCGAGUGGAUAGCUUGUAGCGAUCCUGCUAGGCCUGUGGAGUGUGCACUCAGCUGGGCUCGGGAUAGCAAUGCGCUGAAUUGCGACUAUGUAUUUGCGCAUGCGAUCAAGGAUAUUGAUUUAGCCACUAGCGGUUAUGCGACUGGUGCUUUCCCCAUUGUCGAGUUGCAGAUGAGUAAAGCGAUUUUGAGGAUAGCCACUUGGCUGAACAGAUUAGUGGCUGGCGAUCAUGACCAUGAGGCUGGCCUUGUAUUGCAGACGUAG